AUGGUUAAUUCCAAGUUCACAAUACUGGUAUUUGCUAGCUCAGCCCUUGCUGCUGUUGCUCCAAGAGAUGCUAGCGAGGCUAGCCAUGAUCAUCCUGGAGGUCCCGAGGAAUAUCACCUUCCUUCUCUGCUUGCACCAUGGGGUCCUCCUCAUCCUACACCAUCCGAUCAUUCUGCUGGUGGACAUCAAGAUUCGGGUUACUUCCCACCUCCGGACUUUCCUAUCUCUACAGCACCAGACGGUCCACACCCUACUGCUACUGGUGGUGCUCCAUCUGGUGCUCCAUCAAAAGAAGAAUCGAGUUACCCACGCCCACCAACGUCAAUUUAUUUCGCAUCUAAACCUCCAGGAAAUAUCUCCCCGCCAAACAGUGAGGGUGCUACACCACCUUCAUUCGGCUAUGCUCCAUCAGGAGUGACACAGUCUUUCCACCCAGCUGCUCCUUCUAGCCAUGCACCACCACCUUCAUCCAGCUAUGCUCCAUCAGGAACGACACAAUCUUUCCAUCCAUCUGCUCCUUCUAGCCAUGCACCACCACCUUCAUCCAGUUAUGCUCCUUCUGGCUAUGCACCACCGCCUUCAUCCGGCUAUGCCCUAUCAGGAACGACACAAUCUUUCCAUCCAUCUGCUCCUUCUGGUUAUGCACCACCACCUUCAUCCGGCUAUGCUCCAUCAGGAACGACACAAUCUUUCCACCCAGCUGCUCCUUCUAGCCAUGCACCACCACCUUCAUCCGGCUAUACUCCAUCAGGAACGACACAAUCUUUCCACCCAGCUGCUCCUUCUAGUUAUGCACCACCACCUUCAUCCGGCUACACUCCAUCAGGAAUGACACAAUCUUUCCACCCAUCUGCUCCUUCUGGCCAUGUACCACCACCUUCAUCCGGUUAUGUUCCUUCUGGCCAUGCACCACCACCUUCAUCCGGCUAUGCUCCAUCAGGAACGACACAAUCUUUCCACCCAGCUGCUCCUUCUGGUUAUGCACCACCACCUUCAUCCGGCUAUGCUCCAUCAGGAACGACACAAUCUUUCCACCCAGCUGCUCCUUCUAGCCAUGCACCACCACCGGGAUCGUCUCAUACUAGACCCCCUCCACGCCCCUCCAGUGAUCCAGUUCGACCUCUUUCAUCCUUCAUUCAGUCGCCUUAUCCUCAAGCAAGCUAUCUAGCCCCUCCACAUCCUUCUCACGAUGUAUCCCCUGGCUCGCAAUCUUAUGAACAACCUAAACCGCCACAACCAUCUGGUGAUCAUCCCCCAUAUCCUCCUCACUCCGCUCCUGCGGAGCCUUCAAAGCCAAUGGAAGGACCACAUCCCAAAGAGCCCACUGGACAUCCUGAAACUCCGGGUCCACAUGGGUCUUAUGGCGCCCAGCCGCCUCAUCCAUCCCUACCAGGUGGUGAGCCACCUCACACAAUUCCAGAAGGACCUCCCGGAGGUGCACAUCCAACAGAGCCUGACCAUGAAGGAGCUCCACCAUUCGUUGGAGUAGGAGGCCCGCCCCAAUCAGGACCUCACUAUGAAGGGCCACCGCCGUUUGUUGGAGCUGGAGGGUCACCCCCAGUAGAACCAAAACAUGAAGUUCCACCGCCAUUUUUUGGAAUAGGAAGCCCCCCCCCGUUCCCUUGUCCCUGUGCAAUGGAACACGGAGGAUUUCCUACAGAACCAAAGGGGCCAUUUUCCUACCCUGCAAGCCCAUCUGAGCAUGCCGGUGGGCCACCUCCCCAUCCGGAUGGCAACCCUCAGGGAGAGCAAGAGCCACAUCCUACUGGAUAUGCUGCUGAUCAGCAAAAUCCCCAUCCCAACGGCAAGCCCGAAGAAGGUCAUGAAGGCUAUCCCACACCUCCGUGUCCGUCCGGUCAUCCAGAGCAUCCCCAGAUGCCCCACCCGCCAUCACCAGCUCUAGGCUUAGGCUCUCAUGAAUCUGGUGCUCUUCCAGAAGCUGGUAAAUCUGGAGCUGAACAACCCGAGAAACCUCGUAAUUCAGCUGCUGCUCCAGCGUAUCCAUCAUCUACUGUGUCGAAAGAGCCGUCUGGUCGCCCUUCUCGGCAUGCCGCACCAACAAGUUCACAACCAACCCAGAGGGCCACGAAUGCUCCAGGCCCAGAAAAGUCAUCUGUUCACCAUUCUAGCGAUGCUUCAUUGUCAAAAGUGUUUUCAACUGGCCUACUGAGCGUCGCCGUUGGUGUUUUCUUGGUGCCAUUCUUCCUCUAA